AUGGUCAAGUUCACCGUUGAGGAGAUCCGCGGUCUGAUGGACUCGCCCAUCAACAUCCGUAACAUGUCCGUCAUUGCUCACGUCGAUCACGGAAAGUCCACCCUUACCGACUCUCUCGUUCAGCGUGCCGGUAUUAUCUCAUCGGCCAAGGCUGGUGAGGCUCGUUUCACCGACACUCGUCCCGACGAGCAGGAGCGUGGUGUCACCAUCAAGUCCACUGCCAUCUCCCUCUUCGCCCAGCUUGAGGACGCUGAGGACCUCAAGGACAUUCCCGUCAAGACCGAGAAGAACGAGUUCUUGAUCAACUUGAUCGAUUCGCCUGGUCACGUUGAUUUCUCAUCUGAGGUUACCGCUGCUCUCCGUGUCACUGACGGUGCUCUCGUCGUCGUCGACACCAUCGAAGGUGUCUGUGUCCAGACUGAGACCGUCCUUCGUCAGGCUCUUGGUGAGCGUAUCAAGCCCGUCGUCAUCAUCAACAAGGUCGACCGUGCUCUUCUCGAGCUCCAGCUCUCCAAGGAGGAUCUGUACCAGAACUUCUCCCGUGUCAUCGAGUCCGUCAACGUCGUCAUCUCGACCUACUUCGACAAGGUUCUCGGUGAUGUCCAGGUCUACCCCGAGAAGGGUACCGUUGCCUUCGGUUCCGGUCUUCACGGCUGGGCCUUCACCAUCCGCCAGUUCGCUGGUCGUUACGCCAAGAAGUUCGGUGUUGACAAGAACAAGAUGAUGGACCGUCUGUGGGGCGACAACUUCUUCAACGCAAAGACCAAGAAGUGGACCAAGACUGCUGGCGACGACACCGAGCGUGCCUUCAACCAGUUCGUCCUUGACCCCAUCUUCCGCAUCUUCUCUUCCGUCAUGAACGCCAAGAACGAGGAGGUCUUCAAGCUCUGCGAGAAGCUCGACAUCAAGCUCACUGGUGAGGAGAAGGAGCUCCAGCAGAAGCAGCUCCUCAAGACCGUCAUGCGCAAGUUCCUUCCUGCCGCUGAUGCUCUUCUUGAGAUGAUGGUUCUCCACCUUCCUUCGCCCGCCACUGCCCAGAAGUACCGUAUGGAGACUCUCUACGAGGGUCCCCAGGACGAUGAGGCCGCUAUCGCCAUCCGCGACUGUGACCCCAAGGGUGUUCUGAUGCUUUACGUCUCCAAGAUGGUUCCCACCUCCGACAAGGGUCGUUUCUACGCCUUCGGUCGUGUCUUCGCCGGUACCGUCCGCUCCGGUCUCAAGGUCCGCAUCCAGGGCCCCAACUACACCCCUGGCAAGAAGGAGGACUUGUUCGUCAAGUCCAUCCAGCGUACCAUUCUCAUGAUGGGUCGUUACACCGAGCCCAUUGAGGAUGUUCCCGCUGGUAACAUUCUUGGUCUCGUCGGUAUUGACCAGUUCUUGCUCAAGUCUGGUACCCUCACCACCUCCGAGACUGCCCACAACAUGAAGGUCAUGAAGUUCUCCGUCUCCCCCGUCGUCCAGCGCUCCGUUGAGGUCAAGAACGCCAACGAUCUCCCCAAGCUUGUCGAAGGUCUUAAGCGUCUGUCCAAGUCUGACCCUUGUGUCUUGACCUACAUCACCCCCUCCGGUGAGCACGUCGUUGCUGGUGCCGGUGAGCUCCAUCUCGAGAUUUGUCUUAAGGAUCUCGAGGAGGACCACGCUGGUGUUCCUCUCCGUGUUUCGGACCCCGUCGUCCAGUACCGUGAGACCGUUGCCGGUGACUCUUCCAUGACUGCCCUGUCCAAGUCGCCCAACAAGCACAACCGUAUCUACAUGACCGCCACCCCUCUCAGUGAGGAGGUCUCGCUCGCCAUUGAGAACGGCAAGAUCACCCCCCGUGACGAUUUCAAGGCUCGUGCUCGUAUCCUCGCCGACGACUUCGGCUGGGAUGUCACCGAUGCCCGUAAGAUUUGGUGCUUCGGUCCCGACACCAACGGUGCCAACUUGUUGGUUGACCAGACCAAGGCCGUCCAGUACCUCAACGAAAUCAAGGAUUCCGUUGUCUCUGGUUUCCAGUGGGCCACCAAGGAAGGUCCCGUUGCCGAGGAGCCCAUGCGCUCUAUCCGCUUCAACAUCCAGGAUGUUACCCUCCACGCCGAUGCCAUCCACAGAGGUGGUGGUCAGGUCAUCCCUACCGCUCGUCGUGUCCUGUACGCCUCGGUCCUCCUUUCCGACCCCGCUCUUCUCGAGCCCGUCUUCUUGGUCGAGAUCCAGGUCCCCGAGCAGGCCAUGGGUGGUAUCUACUCGGUCCUUACCCGCCGUCGUGGUCACGUCUUCGAGGAGGCCCAGCGUCCCGGAACUCCCCUCUUCAACAUCAAGGCCUACCUUCCCGUCAAGGAGUCCUUCGGUUUCAACGCCGAUCUCCGUGCCGCCACCUCCGGUCAGGCCUUCCCCCAGUUGGUCUUCGACCACUGGCAGGUCCUCCCCGGUGGUUCUCCUCUCGACAAGACCACCAUGCCCGGUCAAGUCACCGAGGAGAUGCGCAAGCGCAAGGGUCUCAAGCCCGAGGUUCCCGGCUACGAGAACUACUACGACAAGCUCUAA